AUGGCGUCAAGGCUUGUGAAAUGGUUCAUGCCUACCGCCAACUAUCAUGUUCGAAAAACAAUCAAAAAAAACACAAUGAUGAACAACUCUAACAUCAAGGAAUUACAUUUUAAUAAUCAAGAAACAAGCCUUGUUUCGAAUGAAAAGAUGAUCAGCUCACCAUUAUCAGAAGAAACAUGCUGUACUAACGAACCAGAGAGGGUUUGGAUUCAUUUCGGUCACAUUCCACAUGUUUCGAAUAGUUUACAACCAACAAGCCUUGAGCAAAUGAAAUCAACUCUUCACCAACCUAAAGUGAUGAUUGAGAAACAGAGAAAAACAGAAAGACUCCUUCAGGAUAGAAUCACAGGUAAAUUAUUCUAUCAAUCAACCGAAUCUCAUUCGAAAUCUCUCAAACAACCUCUGUUUAUCCCAUCUCAAUUCAACGAUUCUGAAAGAAAGCCUCCUUCGAUCAAGGAAGAACGUAGAAGAGCCAAAGAGAGGUCUCAAAAAGCCUUGUUAGAAAGCAUUCGAAACCAGCCUAUUUCACUUCCAACAUCCUAUUCCAUCGUGAGAAGAGUACUUAACUUCGAUGAUGAGGAAUAA